ACGCCAGUUAUUACCUGCCGCGUCCAGGUAAAGGUGGUUAGCGUGGAGAGCUCUACAACACUCCUGCCUCAUAGACUGUGUUUUGUUUUGAACAGACACACACACACCUACUUAGGAUUAUAAUUCGCCGUGUUUAUCCCGUGUCCACUUCACAACACGACAUUAACAUUACAGUCUUGUGGAUUUGGAGAGCUUGUUGUUCAGUGUGGAUGAAGUGAAAAGCUUCUCGCAGUGCUGGAAGCGAUGUGGUGACACCAUACCUGGAAGCACACCUGUAGUUACGACGUUUCAUGUGUUGUUGAGUUAAUUCGUCAUUCCUGAGCCGCGGGUUGAUUUACUACCUGAACCAGUGAUCAUCUACCUCGUCUCUGCACUUGGAGACCUUCAUCUUCUUGAGGCAGUCACGUCGUUGCUGGCACCAUGACGUACUCAGCCAGUCAGUUUGGGGAUCGCUUCACCUGGCACGACUAUGUGGUGUUCGGCUGCAUGUUGGCUGUGUCGGCCAUCAUAGGCAUUUUCUACGGCUUCUUCGGUAAAAAACAAGACACUAAUGAAUUCCUGAUGGCUGGCAAGUCCAUGACGACCUUCCCAGUGGCCAUGUCUCUAAUCGCCAGCUUCAUGUCGGCCAUCACGCUGUUGGGGACUCCGUCGGAAGUGUACCAGUUCGGGUUCCUCUACUGGCUCAUCGGGUUCUCUUAUAUCCUAGUGAUGCCCUCCGCUGCCUACCUCUACUUCCCGGUCUUCCAUAAGCUCCAGGUCACCUCCGCCUAUGAGUACCUGGAGAGAAGGUUCCACAGGUCUGUGCGUUGGCUCGGCUCUGCCGUUUUUAUUAUCCAGAUGUGUCUGUACAUGGCUAUCGUGGUUUACGCCCCGGCUCUUGCCCUACAACAAGUCACCGGCAUUAAUGGUUAUGUCUCCAUCUCCCUCAUCUGCUUCGUCUGCAUGUUCUACACCACACUUGGCGGCAUGAAGGCGGUGCUCUGGACCGAUGCUCUCCAGACGCUCAUCAUGUAUGCUAGUAUGAUGUUCGUUAUCAUCAAGGGCGCCAUCGAUGCUGGCGGCUUCGAUGUUGUGUGGCAAAUAAAUGCAGACAGCGGCCGAGCUCAGCUGAUUGACUUCGACCCUGACCCGACCACCCGCCACACCUUCUGGACCCUUGUCAUCGGAGGUUAUUUCACCUGGAUCACCAUCUACGGUGUUAACCAGGCACAGGUCCAGCGAUACCUCAGCCUUCAAACCAAACAAAUGGCCAUCAAUGCGCUGUGGAUCAACCUGAUAGGACUGUUUAUACUGAUGAUCACCUGUUCGUUUGGAGGGAUGGUUUUGUACGCCAAUUACCACGAGUGUGACCCCAUCCGCUCAGGUGUGGUUGACAAGGGAGACCAGCUGUUCCCGCUCUUCGUUAUGGAUACCCUUGGCCAAUGGAGAGGUCUCCCAGGACUCUUUGUCGCUGGAGUAUUUUCCGGGGCUUUAAGCACUGUGUCUUCCGGAAUGAACUCCUUAGCGGCCAUCGUGUUGGAGGACUUUAUCAAGGCCGGCUGUUAUCCCAAGAUCUCUGAAAACGCUGCCACCUGGACUUCAAGGGGCCUAUCACUUUUCUUUGGUCUUGUUACUUUCGGACUCGUCUUUGUAGCAGAACAGCUCGGCAAUAUUUUGUCUGCGGCGCUCAGCAUCUUUGGUAUGGUCGGAGGGCCUCUGCUAGGAGUCUUCACCCUCGGCAUGUUCUUCCCCUGGGCCAACUCCACCGGAGCCUUUGUUGGUGAGGUGGUCAGCUUGGUCUUCAUGUUCUGGAUUGGAGUCGGUCAUCAGGUGGCCAAAGCUUCGGGUCAAAUAAGAUUAACUGCCAUGCCCACAAGUAUAGACGGGUGCAACAUCACUAUCCCUGAACCAGACUACACUCAUAUACUUGAGAGUGAUCCUGGUGAGCCUCUGGCCAUAUACCGCCUGUCAUACAUGUGGUAUUCUGCCACGGGCUGCUUCACCGUGAUCGUGGUGGGUAUGCUGGUGACGCUGGUGACUGGCAAGCAAGACGUAAGGGCCCUCGACCCUCGUUGCCUCUCUCCUGCUGUCUUGUGGCUCAAGAACUGGAUACCAGGACUGGACGGUCUUGGGGAAGACUAUGUUGAUGAGGAAGAGGGUCUGAAAGAGAGCAAGAGCUCUUCUUCCUUGGGCAAUGUCAACCCAACCUUUAACUCUGAAAUUGUUGAAAAAACCCAAAAUGGAUAUGUGAUUGAGAGCUCAAAGCUGUAAAAUAUGUUUCACUGUAAACAAAACAUUUUCAGAGGUCGAACUUAUAAGAAGAGAGCCGACCAGUGAAAAGAAAGAUAUAAUAAAAUAAUGGUUCGCCAAUUAGUCAUAUGAAGUGUCAAUACCAAGCUUCCUGUCGCAGCCAAGGUUCAUGUGCUGUAUCAACAUAUCGGCAUUUUAUGACACAAAUUCAGUAGCCUACAGUAUUUGAGAUGCUAGUUACUGAAGUUUGCAGUAGAUGAGGCAGUAAAGUGAAAUUAAAACUGAGGAUAUGAACUGAAUUUUGAUACAGGGUUUGCAUAAUUGUCUGGCAUAUGUAUAAUACAGUGCAGUUUAGUAAUUUAGUGCUCUGUCUGCAGAAUGUGGACCUACAUUACAAUGUAUUAAUUGCAUCAUUACCUGACAUACAUACCAUACAUCGCUACACAGUGAACUGUAACUUGUGUCAGUGUGGUACAUACUGUAUGUUGAACACAAGUGUCCAGGGGGUGAUGGUUAAUAUUCUCUUGCAUAAUUGGUUAUUCCUAGACAUGAUUCUAAUGACUUAACUGGAUCUGAAACAGCCAAGAAUAUCCUCUUAAUUAUGUUUGACUAGAGCCUCAUAGUUACACGGGUGAAUUUUUAUCCCAUUACCUAGCAGGCUUUUUAGAUAUUUAUGAAAUGAUUCUUGUUUUAUUAAAUUUUAAUAACUCUUACUGUAUGAAUAUGUAUUGUCUUUUAUAUAUUCAUUCACUGUAAUUGCAUGGAAAUUUUUCAUUAUCAUUAAUUCAUUCUUUUCAUCAACAUUGCUUGAACGUUGUUUGUAAUUGAAGCUAUUAAGUACAGUAACUGCAGUGUCCUAAAGCCCCGGGUGACGUUCCAGAACGUCCUCCUAUUUUCCCGUCAUUUUUUAUUAUUAUUUUUGGAAAUUUUGAUUUUUUUCUCGAUUUAACCCAGCGUGGGGGGUACUGCCAGCAGCACCCUAGCCCAGUGCUGAUUAGAGGCUGUAUUGUUUUUGUUUUACUUAUCUAAACUUACCUCAUUACAGUUACUGUACAUAAUCUAUUUUUUUUAUCUUAAUUUUGGUCUGUGAUGCAAUUUUUAGUAAAUACGUAACCACCAAACUAUAAUUCUGAUGGAAUUUCGUUGUAUACAGUUUUAAAUAUUUAUAAAAGGUUUACAAAAGCGAUUGGAAAACAUUGCAUAUUGCAUUAUUUGUUACAUUAAGACUCUAAAUCUUUAUUUCUACCCAGCUAAACAUGGAUCAGGCCCUAUCCUAAUUCUGUCCAGUCCUUGUUCAGUCAUCUCCCCAGUAGUUCAGUACAAUACUAACUGAAGAGACUGCAUAAUGGUGUCCGUUUCUUGUUAUUUUAAUUUUUAUCCUAUACCAUCACCCUGAUUAAUUAUCAUGGUUGCUUUUUCGUUACCCAGGAAGUGCAAAUGGGGACAAUUAUUAAUGACAAGUAAAAUAAAGAAACAUGAAAGUCUGGUAACUCAAUGGGGCAUUCUGGAAGCACAUGGGACGUGUUCCACAGUGCCAGUGAGCUGCCAGUUAACUCGUGUGCCCAGGGAAGGAGACAUACAAGUCUUCAGUGUAGUUUUGGACGUACAGUAGUACUGAUGUCUUAAUUCUUGUCUACAUCUGACUUGUACUUUUCUCUUGUAGUGGAAAGUUUCUGUUCCUACUCUGGCCAUUAUAAACAGUUUAAAUUAUGAAAUGAUCUGUGGUGUAGUGUGCAUCAUUUAAACUAGCAGGCAAAUGGCUUUGUACAGUAUUUUUUUUUUCCACUCAGGGUAUAACUUUGACCCAGUUCUUUUGUGCCAUAAUGCUUCGACUGCUAGAUCUGGCUUAAAUGUCUUUCAAUUCCAAAUUCAAAUUAAAUGUCUUUCAAUUCCAAAUUCAAAUUAACUGUCUUCAUUUUCUUCAAAGGAAUUUAGUGUUUAUAUUCGAAAGUUAUGCACAGGCUUAUCAUGCAAUCAGAUUACAGUGAUCGCCUGUCAAAGCUGUAUUGUACUAAGUUUUUUUUUCACAAACAAACUUUUAAUAUUACAAGAGAAAUGAUAGUGUAUCUUGUCGCUAGACAUUUUACCUUUACCACUAUAGUAAACAAGAUAUCAGAAAAUACUUAUACUGUACUGUAAAUAUUUCUUAAAUGGUGCCUAGUUGUACCCCUCGUAUUUUAGCUCCAAUAAUAUUGUUGGAUAUAUUGUAUCUACCUGAUUUUGUUUUGUAAGUUCUGAUAUUUUUCCUGUAAUGUAAAUUCUUCAUCCAACCCUUAUUUUCGCACUAAAAUAAAUAAUGCAUAUACUAAUAUUGUACGUUUGAAGAUGAUGGGUAUUAUUUUCUGUUAAUAGCAAUACAUUUUUAGAUUAUUAUAAACCAUCUUUUCCCAUCUCCCAGUAGUUCACAGAUUUUAUGACCAAGAGAAUUACUGUAUAAAUUUAUUCUCAAAGUAACAAUGAACUGUGCAUCAAGACCACUUCUGAUGUUGGGCAUCUUUCAAUUGCUUAAUUAAAAUGCAAAUCUGUGGGUUUGCAGGUAUUUAUUGGCAUUGUGCCAUUAUUAUUUUAUAUUUCACAUAAAUUAUACACUAUACAGUACCUCAUGCCAAUAAAUUCGUAAAAGAUGA